AUUGAUUUUAGACCACAUAAUAUAAAUCUUGAAAAUCAGGAGUCCAAAUUCUAACCAAUUUGAAAUGCGUUUAACUUAGAAGAAUCACGGAGCUUAUUCUUCAAUCACCACAAUGAAGGCAAAACUCUGGAUAAUUUUACUUGUACUGGCUCUUGUGCUUAUAUGCGAAUGUAAGAAGUCCAAAGGCGGAUCGAAACACAAGUCAAAAAGUCAUUCAAGUGGUAAAAGUAAAUCGAAGGCAUCUCAUGGAAAAGUAUCGUCGAAAAAGGUGAGCCAUGCCAAGCAACAUGUACCACAAACGAAUAAUCAAGUCAAUAAUAAUGUAAUCUCCAACACAUUGAAGAACGUCGUAAAACACGCUGCAAAGUCAAAACAAGGUUUCAAGUGGAACCAUAAAUCAGUCAGUAAAUAUAGCAAAAAAUCCUCAAAGUCAGGCAAGUCAAAGAAAUCAGGUUCUAAAGACACAGCCGUGAAAUAUGUUUCCAAACAUGGAUCGCAUAAGUCACAUAAAUCGAAAUCCUCGGACAAAAGUAAAUCUAAACAUUCAAAAUAUGUGAAGUCUAAAGGUAAAAGCAGCAAGAGCAAAAAGUCUAAAUCUAAGUCUAAGCAUUACAGUAAGAGCGUCCACAAAUCAGUUUCAAAAUCCAAGAAGUCUUCAUCAAAAAAGUCUAAAUCUAAGUCUAAGCAUUACAGUAAGAGCGUCGACAAAUCAGUUUCAAAAUCCAAGAAAUCUUCAUCAAAAAUGUCUAAAUCUAAGUCUAAGCAUUACAGUAAGAGCGUCGACAAAUCAGUUUCAAAAUCCAAGAAAUCUUCAUCAAAAAUGUCUAAAUCUAAGUCUAAGCAUUACAGUAAGAGUGUCCACAAAUCAGUUUCAAAAUCCAAGAAGUCUCCCUCAAAAAAUACUAAAUCUGUUAAGUCUAAGCAUCACAGUAAGAGCGUCGACAAAUCAGUUUCAAAAUCCACGAAGGUUUCAUCAAAAAAGACUAAAUCUGUAAAGUCUCCGCAUGAAAGUAAGAGCGUCGAUAAAUCAGUUUCAAAAUCCACGAAGGUUUCAUCAAUUAAGUCUAAAUCUGUAAAGUCUCCGCAUGAGAGUAAAAGCACCGAAAAAUCAGUUUCAAAAUCCACGAAGGUUCCAUCAAUUAAGUCUAAAUCUGUAAAAUCGACGCAUGAGAGUAAGAGCACCAAAAAGUCAGUUUCAAAAUCCACGAAGGCUACAUCAAUAAAGUCGAAGUCGUCUAAGAAAAGCAGCAAAGAGACGUCGCACAAAUCUGUUACAAGUUACAGUUCACCUAGUAAACACACGAAAGAAACAAAAACUGGCACUCGUACAAGUAAGAGUAAAACAAGUGAAUCACACACAAGUUCUUCAUCUGGGGUUAGUCGUACAAGCAUGUCUCGUACAUCCAGUGACAUUGAGACUUCAUCAUCGAGCAGUGUUGACCUAGAUACCAGCAGGAGCAGCAGCAGCAGCAGCAGCAGCAGUAAAUCUUAUUCAUACUCCUUUUCGUACAGCCUGAGUUCUCUCCAUGAUCCGAGAGGAAUAGUGUGUAAAGGAGCCAAUGGGAAACAUAGAUUGGGACUCUUUGAUGACCCUUUUGACAAGUGCCGACAAUGUAGAUGCCUCCUUAAUGGCGGCGUUAUAUGCAAGCAACGGAGAUGUCCAAAACUCACCUGCGGAAGGAAAAAACAAAUAUUCCCAUCUGAUGCCUGUUGCCCUACGUGCGAUCACGAAUGCAGCGCAGUGAAAUGCAUGUAUCCCGCUUGUCCAAGGCGGCUGCACAUAUAUGAAGAUAAUUCGUGUUGUCCUCAGUGUGGUUGCAGAUACAAAGGGCAAAUGAUACCUGAAGGUCAUUUCGGCGACAGAUGUGACGGUUGCACAUGUUCAAAUGGAAAUGUGAAGUGCGACGAAAUCCAAUGUCCAGCAGAAAAGCUACAGUGUGUUGAUCCUGUUAGGAAUGAAACAUGCGGUUAUAGCUGCCCAAAAGGAAAGACAUGUUUAGCAGACGGGAUAGCUAUUCCGUAUGGCGGGUUACACGAAGUUGGUGACCGCUUAUGCAUUUGCUUGGGUGAAUGGUUCGAGAACGCGUUCUGCGCGAGCAGAGCAAUACCGUUGAACGUACAAGAAUUAAGGUGGACUAUGUGCGUAGAGGAGGGAGCUGCUCCAAAUGUUAUAAUUACAUAAUUUGCUUUGACAUAA